AUGGCAGACGACCUCUUCGCGAUAAACAUCUCGGGAGAUGAGGACGACACCGGCCCCCUGGCAGACCAGCAGUGCCCCGCCGCCAAGCCACAGAGUAGGCAGGACAAGCUCAGGCAGACCGAGGAGGCGUUCCAGGCGCUCAGGGCGACGUAUACUCCCAAGAUACAGAAUGGCAAUAUCCAACACCAAAUCCCCUUCCCCCUCACGCCGGCAUCGUCCACGACCACGACCGUCUCCAAGAUGCUGGCGCAGGACCUCGUCCACGCCGUCGAGGAGCUGUACUUUUACCGCCGGUACGCCGAGGCGGCCGACUUUGCCGGCCGAGUCCUCGCGCAGCCCGAGAUCUUGGACGCAGACACAAGAGCGCUGUUGACCCGGUACCAGGCGAGGUGUCGGUCGAGAGCGGAUGUGUGA